UUAAAAUAAUAGAAUUAGGAGUAGUCUACAGACUACUUAAAAAGAUAAAAAAAUAGUGACGAAACUUCAAGGAGAAUUUGUAUGCUGGGUUUUCUUGAAAGAGGAGCUCUCUCAAUAAUUGUUCGGGAGAAGAACCACGCCCGUCUUCCAGACAUGCACUAACCCCCGUUUCAGGGUCAUUGCACAUGCGCAUUAUCACUAGAAGCCCUGGCGGGAAGUUGUAUGGUCCCAGGCAUAACAGCUUGCGAAUAUUGUUAUUAAUGCGCAUGUGCUAUGACCCUGCAACACUGAUUGGUUUAAGAUGGUAUUGUUUCAAAACAAAGUGCUGAAGGUUUCGUCUCCCGAACAAAUAAGGAAACUAAUCAAAGAGGGAGCUGCCCCUUUGUUAAUGCCAAAACUUCAGACGUAGUUUGAUAAUAAAGAUCAUUUUAAAUAGAAAUGACAUCAAAUACAUAAUAGAAGCAUGCAAUCUAGUAUUUGGAACUUUGAAGCUCUUUAACGUCUAUAGGUGUAAGUAAAAUGCCUUCGAAUUUAGCGACACUCAAGGUACGAUAGUGUCGAAUUUCUUAAACAUUUACAUUGACCACAAAAAAUUCGUCUUGAAAAAAUUUCGUUUACUAAAUUUCGAAUAAGACGAACAUUUGUCACGGCCAAUCUUUUCUUCCUAACAAUUGAGAAUUCGACUAGUGAAGCUAUUAUAUGGAGUCAGAAGAUACAUUUGUGUGCCGUUACGAUCUAUUUAAUGCAAAUAGCAUCAUUUUACCCCCAUUACGAAUGUAUCCUCUUUAAAGAGAUUUCUGCAAGUAUCAAUAUUUUAGCAAAAGAAAAGAAAUCUAAGCAAGUAAUAGGUGUGUUGGGCUACUCUUGGAUUACCUGGGAAUACGAUUGGAACAAUAAAAAGCCACUUAAUUAUAAAUGAUAUUUGUGUAAACCGUUUUCUAGGAAAAUAUCAAUGCAUCGUUGUCUCUAUUAUGUAAACACGAAGGCUUUAAACUCUGCGUGACGUUGUCAAAUGUUGAGAAAUUUAUUCCAUAAGUUGUUUCAAAGUUAAUUGAUGAUGUCAGAUUUAGAGAAAGUAAUUUCAGAGGAAUUUAUUUUUCGAUUCUAAAAAAGGUUUCCUUUUUACGGCGUGUCCGCUUUAUGUCUGUCCGCUUUAUGUCUGUCCGCUUUAUGUCUGUCCGCUUUAUGUGUGUUCGCUUUAUGGGGAGUUCUAUACCAGUCUUUAAGGAGACUAACUUAGUUAAAAAAUAAAUAUUCGAACGUGGAAAAUUUUACUUUAAUAACAAACAAAACUCUGGCUGCUUUUGAAAAUAUACAAAACAUGACUCACAAAUUCACUGUUUUACGCAUCGACUCUAGAGAAUUAAAGUCAAGGUCUGAUCUAGCUUUCUGUUCACGCUUAAUUUUACAUAGACGAUGUUUUUACAAAUUAUUUUGCUCAUGAUUGUUGGACUAAAACCCGAUUUUUGUUCGUGAUUGCGUUCUAAAUGCGACACACAACUUUGACAAACGAGUAUAUGGUGUGACUUACAUAGUGAAUUUCGACUUCACCAAUUCACAUGACUUAGGCAACAUUGCGAAUACACGCUAGAUGCUUUCAAUACGCGUUCUAAGUGCUUUCAUCCGGUAUUCGCCAUUAUCAGCAACCUUAGAAACACACACAGAGCAUACCGAAGUGCUUUCCCCCUUCGUUAUGACACUGUUACGAAGACUACUUUAUUGGCGGCAUUGGCAUUGAGUUCAGUGGGUAAUAAACAAAGUAGGAGUGAUGUAAGUUGAGUAGAGUAAAAGCGAUGCUUUACAAAACUGGCCUAUUGCGGCAAGCAAAUCUAUAUAGAACGUGUCAAAGUUAGCCUUUCAAUGCCCUUAAGAAGUGAUGGGCUUUGACGUUAUAAUUUGAAGUUCACAGAUGGUCGUUUAGAUUUUAAUUUACUUGUUUUUCGCUCUGAGCCCGUUUGUUUAGAUCUUUUUUAUCUCUAUUUGUAUUUCUGCAAAGAUGUUGGUUGACAGAUCCAUCAUCCUACCUGGCUAUUGUCUUUAUUAGUAUUGUGUUUCCUUGCAAUUUGUUUUGAGCAUUUAUGAAGUAAUUAGCAAUUCAAUUUUGAAUCCUCCAUAUUCAUUUUACGUUAGAAACAAUGAAAUUAGGCCAAGGUGUUCUCCCUUGCUAAUCUGAAAGAAAGUCACCUGCAUGGGAUCACAACUGUCCUAAAGCAAUGUGUAAACAGCUCUUAUGAAUAACGGAAUUUACUUGGUCGCCUAUGAAGGCAAACGCUUGUUAAUUUGCAAACAUUUCAUAGCUUCUUGUUCUCGAGGAAGCAAACCUAUUCACUCGAGAUGAAUUUGUUUAAGACAGUGAAUAAUUGAUGAAAUUAGCGGAAUGCUUUAAACUGCCAACCUGUUCUGGUCUUGCUGUUUAUAACAUAAACAUUUUAUGGUAUGCAGUUGUAAGCAUUUAGGAACACUGGCCAAUGCAAUGUAAAUGCCACAAGAAGACCUUUAUGUGCGCUGUAUAUUGUCCUGUCUUGCUGAUUUGUUCAGAUCUACAUAGGUGCAAACCACUCUUGCAUUUCAAGGCCUUUUGCGGUGAUAUAUCACUUAUCAACCGAGCUGGCAGUACUUGGAGACCUUGGUUUAUCUAGCAACAAAACUCAACAAUCAAAAGUUUCAGAUGGGUGCUAUGGAUUUUUUUUAUCGCAGGGUUAGACUUUGUUGUUAUAGCUCAUCUACACUGCAUUGCCUUAAAUUCUGAUAACUGCGGCAUGCAUUUUGUUAUCAACAUUUUUGAUGCAUAAACUUUUUACCGAUCUACGAAUUUUUUUUCAACCCCUUUCAUACGCAAAUAUCAUAUCAAUUAUGUAUCAGGGGGUCAACAAGUAAGAUUGUCAAGAUUAUCAAUGUUUCAUAAUUUAAUAUGUUUUGACUUUGGAGUCCACUCCAAUGUACGUCAUAUUUCCAACUUGCAUAACAUGACAUAGCCUGUCCAGAGGCCGCAGUUCAAAUCUGCCUAAAUCUCUGAAAUUGAGCGAGUAACAAAUUGUCAAUGUGAUGUGAGUUAGUUAUAGCGAAGUAAAACUUGAGCUUUAACUUUUGAGGCAGAUAUGGUAUAUUCUUGUAAAGAGGUUUCUGCAUUCAAGAGAUGAAGCUUCACGAUGGCGAAGCCCGGUGUAAUAGAAGCAAUUUAGGCCGCGAACGGCAAGUUUUGUGAAUCAGCUUAAAUAAUAAUGGAAAACUUUUCUUUUCCUAUUCAACAAAAACAACAAUGACAAAUCUCGCCAUUUGCAAUUGGUUAGCCUUGAUUUACGAACACAAAACCAUCACCAAGACAAAUUUGAAUUGAUUGAAAAAACGAAAAAUGUGCAAAAGUGUUAGAAUCGAAGAAGUUCAGGAUUAUUCCAAGAUUAUUUCAGUAAUAUCUAUUAGGCCCCUCAUAUUGUAAAACUGCCUCGUUUUAGGUUGGCAGCUAUAAAGUGAAAAGGCUGAUUGAUACCCACCUCUAACCCAAGGGAUGUAUGUACUCACAUAUUUUUAGAAUAGGGGUGUUCUGGUUACUUUUUUGGGUCAAAAAUUUGAUCAAAAUCUUUUUUGGGUCAGUUCAAUUAUUUUUUUGGGCUGAUGAAAUUAAGAAUUUUUUUUGCUCUCAAAUUCAGGAAAUUUAUUUUAAAAUAGAGAAAAAUUGCAAAUUUUCUUGUGCAUGGCGAGUAAAAACACGUUUUGGAUCAAUUUUUAUGCUACAAAUUAUUUUUUGGGUUGAUGGUUUGUACUACAGCCUGAGCACCCCUGUCUAAAAUAUAUUUGAGUAACCCCCUGGGUCAUUCAAUUACACAUAAUGAGAGAGACAAUCAGUGUAUCAGAUGAUAAUCAAAUUCGAUUUUCUUAAAUGUUAAAACUGUCAUUUAAAGCUGUUAUCAAGUUCGAGUAAACGUGUUUAUCGGUAAACAUUUCUUCUGAAAAACAAAAAUUUCAUAACAAGAUAGAAUAAAGAGGUACCGGCCAAGAAUUUUGUCGGUGCUCAUAAUAUCUGUGGGAAGACAGCAUGUUUUGUACUCUAUAUAUGAAAUAGAAUUCUUUCUGGUGCUAUAUGUUCGGUAAAUUUGCAACAAGCUGAAAACUUUUGCGGCAUGUCAGCAAAAAGUCAGGUGACAAGCGUGAGUUGUCUUAUUUUUAUGAUAUAAGAUGCGUCUAAAUGGUAUAAAAGAAAUGGGGUAAAAGCUUAUGGUAAUAGUACGAGUCAUGCUUUUCACUCGUAUUUCUAAGAAUGUCAUAUCUUAAAUAGCAACAUCCUAUUGAUGCAUCAUAAUUAAUGAAAUAUUGCAUCCUCAAUGAAAAUGUAAACAGAACUGGCCCGAGUUGGAGCCUUGAGGAAUACUGUGCUCAAUCCAUUGUGAAGCUAAUCGAAUAAAUGGUUGAUAUAAAAGUAUAAUCUUGAAAAUCUGCUGCUUUACCACAUCCAUCUCAAAACAGUCAGAAAGCAACCAGGUAGAAUAAUCUAAGUUGUCAUAUUUCUUUGAACUUAUGUUUUUAUUCAAACUACGAUCACACUGGAAGCUUAAAGUUAUUGGAUUAUGCGUGGUCUAGUAGAAUGUAACACAGCAAGUGAAAAGCUGCAAAUUCUAAUCCCGAACUUAAAGUUUUAUUAAUAUUGAAAAAGAAGUAGUCCAACGCUGCUCUGCAAAGACCGCAACUUUGUGGAUGGAUGAUAUUUAACUAAUGAUGAAAGGUCUCUAACUAACCACAAGGUUGAGAAAUUAAAGAUAAUUAUUAGAAAUUUAUUCAACCAAGUUCUUAGAAUUAGGAAUGAUGAGAAAGAUACUUUUCCGAUAUCAUUAAGGCCUUUGAGUGAUGUUUAGCAAGUUCACCAUCGAACAAUGUUUCAAUCAAAGUUUAGCCGUAAAAACAGUUAUAAUAUUGAGAAAAAGGCAGCUAGCAAAGAGGUUAAUGACAAGUUCAGGGAAAAGACUAAGCUGCUUUUGCCGUCUUCAUGGAGUGGUGUUGUUACUGUUGACGAUCGAUUCAAUCAACAAGACAAGGGUAAGAAUUUCUCAAUGGGCCUAUGGAACUUAGACCCUCAGUCACAAUUUCGUGGCGUAAUCUUCAGAAAUACAAAGCCAAUCGAAGGCAUCCGUCCAUAUCAACCGAAUAUAGCUAACAAGGACGCGCUACGUAGCUUGAAAAGCCUCGACAAUCGACUGCAAAGGGAAAUACAAAAUAUCCACUUAUCAGACAGCAUAGAUGAGGACAAUGAUGAUCUGGAUUCAAGCGGAGAAAUUCUAUACUCGUCUCGUUCUGCAUGCCAUCAGUUUCACGAUUUUGGUAAUGACGAGCAUUGGUCGGCGAAGAGUCAUCGCAGCGGUACCAUUCGCGAAUUUGACGUUACAAUGAUUUCACCAAGGGUGGUUGACAUCAAUACUGGAAUCCACAAUACUUCAAAAAGUGAUGCUAUGUUAUCAAGAAAGGCAUCUAUUACGACACUUUCAUCUCUUAAACUGAACUGGAACAGCCUUGAUUCGGCAAAGGUGGGGGACAUGGCGCUCCUUAAGCCCGGAUCACACCAAAGAACCCCAAGCAUAGGUACUGAGUUUUCUGAUGCUUAUUCUCUUGUUUCGAGCACUGGCUCUCUUAUGUUUAUGUCUAGGCAAAGCCGAAUUGAGGCCUACGAUGCCAUCAAGUCACCGAGAUAUGCCGACGAACAGUUGGCCGACGUCUCAAAACUCGUCCGGCAAGUCAGCGACAAAGAAGGCAGGGAAAGGAACAACAAUUUCCAUUUUAUCUUUAAUAAGCUGCGUGACAUCGUUAAUGCGAUAAUUGAAACUAUUCCUGCCAACAUACUCCCAUUUAGAAUCAAGAAAACUGAAGCUAACGGAAACUACGAGACUAUCGGUGACCAUUCGUUUGAAUUUUACAUGGUUCCCGAAAUUUCAGGAACAGACAUUGACGUUCAAUUUCAACCGACAAGUUGUAAUUUGGCCGACAUAUUUCUUACUGGAGAUAAUCAAAGUCUUGAAAUUUUUGCUAUCACUGAUCCUAUAACGGGCAAAAGGAAGCUGUCCCCUUGUAAACUUAUGAUUGUUUUUACCCACAUUGUGAAUGCCACGGUCAAGACCAACGCAAUUGACGGUAUGACCCUGCCACAUAAUUCGCGCGUUCUUUUUGAAAACAUUUCCGAGAAAGAGAUUAGAAUUUCAGUUAAAUUCCCGGAAAGUGAUAUUCGUUACGAGGUAAGUAUGGUUUUAGCCAUUGACAUCGAUGCAUUUCCAAUUGACACAGUGUUUAAGAAAGGGCGCGAAUGGCCAAAUGCUAUUGUCAAACAACAAGUUGCGAGAAAGGGCGUUCAUUUAACUUCAAAAACUAUUGGAAAGGAACUGCACUCGUGGCAUGUAACAUUCUUAAAAUCACGCAGGACUCUGCUGCAGUUGACCGACGAAACAGGAAACAAAAUACGUCUUUUGCUCGUAUUACAGUGCUUGAGAGAAACUGAACUGUCGAGCCCAGACGCAAUUCUUCCUUGCCAUUUUGCCACCAUUUUGUUCUGGGCAAAUGUGAAAUACCGUGCACCAAUCGAGUGGACGACAGUGAAGCUUGGUAAGCGCUUUAUUGACCUCGUUGUGGCUCUCAGGAGAUGCUUAUGGAAACGAGAAUGCUUUGACUUUUUUGUUCCUAAUGUGAAUAUGUUCGAAAAUCUGAAGAUAGAGGAUUGUCACGAGCUAUCAUUAAAAAUCGAUAUGUUGAUAAGGGACCCAGUGGGGUACCUAGAGUCGCGUUUAAUGUAGCUACGACCAAUCUUAACCUUUAUAAUAACAAUGCUGGUUGUUCGCAUCAGAGUAGAAAUUUUAAACUCACACAUCAUACUUCAUGUAAGCACCCACUUUUGUCACAGAAUGGUACAAGAUUUGAGCCAACGCAAAGUUUGGUAGUUUUGAUUUAUGAGUGACCUUGUUUGUUCUUAAUUUGCCCCGUAGACAUUAAUUUCAAAGGUUUGGGAGAGAAAGUUAGGUAUGAUAGCUUGAAAGCUCGAUGAGAGAAGCCUCAGUGAUGUCAUUCGGUCAAAUGGCUUUCCAUUGAAUGGAAAAAGCCAAGCCUAAAAGAAAAAGCCAAGAAUGAACUAAUUAUUAACUAAUUAACUUAUGUCCAAUAAUUAGUUGGGAUAUCUCGAUUGUCGGGCGUUCCACGUCUCCACCGGGUGGUUCGUUGUGUGUUUAUCAAAUCUUUUGGGCUAAUCCAGCGUUUCUCCAAGUAUCUUUGUACUCAUACAUUCUUCAACAAUGUUGUUUCUGAAAGACCUAGCUUUGUACUUGUGCAUUGAAUUCAGGAAGCAACAAGCAAAAGUAAGCUAGGACAAGACCAUUAACGAUUUUAAGGAAAGAACCAAACUCUUGUGCCAUCUUCUGCAUCAAAUUUCAAAUCGUCUAGUACCAUUAUGUAAAAAUAUUGCUUACGCAUCUUCUAUUUAGUUUUUUCAACUGCUUUAGCUUUAUUGUUUGUAGUGUUGUGAUUAUUCAUUUAAUAACAUGUUUUGCGAAUGAUAACUUUGUGUUAAAGUUAAAUCUUUUUUAAAACUAUACCUUGAAAAUAUCCUUCUAUGCGAAGAAUACGUAUUCGUUAGCUACUCGCUAGUGAAAGUUUUUUGACCAAUUUCUCGCUUCCUAUGAUCGAACAACAUAGUUCAAUUAGUAAUAAGCCUGAUAAAUCAUUCUAGUACCGAUUUGCAAAAAAAAAAUUCCCGCGU